CUUUGAAAAUGCAGAACAUAAACACUGGGCUGCGGAACUCACUGAGGAGGGAACGGAUUUGUCACGUCUAACGUCGACUUCAUGUCCAUAGUAAUUUGUAAGGUGCAGAUCACAGAGAGAUCAAGGGGACGUCUCCUGAUAAAGGACAUUUUGUUGGUGUUAUUUAAAAAAAAUAAAUAAAUAUUCCGUCGUGAAGAAUGAGCGAGUGACAGAAUAUUUGUGUAAUAAAUAAUCCUAACCCAGAAUUAAUGUGAUAUUUUAGAGGCGAAUAUGGCAAACUUUUCAAUUUCUUUUCAAAAUUUUGUUUGACAUUUUUCAGAAUAUGAUUUAUCCUGAUCCUUUGUUUUAUAUCAGAUUUGUUUUAUUUGAUUUUUGAUUUUAUAGGCUCUAUUUUAUAUUGUACGUUUUUUUAUUAAUUUUUUAUAUCCAUAUUUUUGCACAUAAUAAUGCAGGCUCCAGUUCCACCUUCCCCUAUCAGACCAGCAGUGGCCCCAUCAGUACAGCUGGGUGUCACCGUGCUUUACACCUGUCUUUACGGUGGUCUGUUUUUAGUUGUAUUCAUUCAGCUCUGGUUAUUGUUACUCUACCGGCACAAACGAUGGAGCUACCAGAGCGUUUUUCUCUUUCUUUGCCUGUUUUGGGCAGCCCUUCGCACAACACUCUUUUCAUUUUAUUUUCGUGACGCCGUUGCCGCCAACCAUCUGCCCACCCAGGUCUACUGGCUCCUCUAUUGUUUCCCUGUGUGUUUACAGUUUUUCACCCUCAGUCUCUUCAACCUUUACUUCACUCAGGAAUUAUUCAAAGUUCGAAGUUUAUUCAACGUCGAGCCCAACAAAGGACUAUGGUUGGCUCGCUGUGGGUUUGCAGCCAUGAGUGCGAUCUUCCUGUGUGUCAACAUAGUUUGCGCCGGCCUUGGAGAGAAUAGAGGAUCUGGUGGAGCUGGUGACAAAACGUGGAGGCUGGUUCUAGUUCGGGUGCUGGUUAAUGACCUGCUUUUUAUUCUGGAAGCCAUAUGCCUGGCCACAUCUCUGCUCCUGUUGACUCGAUUCUCUUCCCCCACCACCCCUUAUCUACGCAGUAAGGGCCUUUGUCGGACUGCAGUGCUGGGAGCAGGCGUGAUCUUACUUUUCUCCAGUAGAGCCUGCUACAACCUUGCAAUGCUGUUUUUGUCUCUGAAUCAAAAAGUGGAGGCCUUUGAUUACGACUGGUACAACAUCUCUGAUCAGGCUGACCUUCGCAGUGAACUUGGAGAAAGAGGCUACAUUAUAUUUGGAGCUGUUCUCUUCAUUUGGGAGCUGCUACCGACCAGUUUGCUGCUUCUCAUCUUCAGAGUUCGUCAGCCUCCUCAAGAAAGGAACUGCAACCCAGCCAUGUGCAACAAACAAAUCUCACGGUCAUAUUUCUUUGAUGAUCCUCGUGGAAUGGAUGGUGAUUCGGAUUCUCUCUGGAGUCACGGCAUAAAUCCCCAUAGCAGUUGGUUUGGGUCCAGUGAGACGACUCCACUCCUCUUCAGUAGGACUGACCAAAGCAGCCAACAUCACUUACUCUACUCAACUCCACAGACCUGAAUACUAUUCAAAGCUAGAGAUGUUCCUCUGACCUUCUCAGGCAAUAGAACAGCAAUACCUCUUCCUGUUGAGUAGCUCAAUAGGUAUUUUUGCACUAAUAUGCAUCAGAAGCACCUGUACAUCUAAAAUUGUACCUUGACUUCAUAAAGCUGAUCAUAUAAUGUUUUUUAUAAAAAUGACCAGCUAAUGAUUUUUCUGUAUAGGUAAGGAUUAAUGAAUGAGUUAUCACAUCUAUCUUUUUUUUUAUCAUCUGGAAGAGUAUAAAAAGUUAACAUUUUCAGAUAAUAUAUUUUUGGGGAUACUGACUUUUCACUUUAUAAGAUGUAAAAGGGAACAAAAAGUUUGGUAUUAACCUUGUACUUGUGAAU